GCAAUAUAUGAGGGAGUGAGUAAGCAGAACACAUCACCCUUCACACCAUUCACCCUCAAUCUCUCAAAAAAGAUUGAAACUUUGGCCUUUUUGAUCCGAACCCAUUUCCCCACAUAACAUUUCUCGCCGGAAAGUCGCCGGAGAGUUGACUCCAUGGACGUUGACUCGUGGGCCUCCAGAGUUCAUGCUGCCAAGAGCCUCUCUGCUGUUCAUGCUACUCGGAUGCACUAUGAUAAUCAUUUUGCCUUGGACGAUUCUGAAGGAGAUGAUGAUGCAAAGUCUUGUUUUCUAUGCCCUUUUUGUUAUGUGGACAUUGAAGUCCCUAUGCUCUGCAACCACUUGGAGGAAGAACACUGCUUUGACUUCAAAAAUGCAGUUUGUCCUUUAUGUGCAGCAAAUCUAGGGAAGGAUGUCAUCGGACAUUUCAUGGUGCAGCACGCAAGCUCCUUCAAGCACAGGAGAAAAUCUCAAAAAUCCGGUCCCUGGACUGGUAGUUCAGCAAUGAAAGCGCUGCUGAAGAAUGGAAGGGCAUAUGCACAUGAAUCUGCACCUGAUCCUCUCCUCUCACCUUUUAUCUGCAAUGUAUCAUUUUCAGAUCCUAAUGGUACUCCGCAAGAUGUUUGUUCUGAUAUCAAUGCCCCUAUUAUUUCCGAUAUGAAAAGCACUGAGCCAUCUUUGCCAGAUGAAGGUUGUGAAAAGGAUAAUGCAGAGAGAAGGCAGAGGGCAACAUUUGUGCAGCAGUUGAUUGCAUCAACCAUAUUCUCAGAUCUAUGAAUUGUUUCUGAGCUAGAGACUUAAAGCGGAAGAUGCAGGAUAUUGCUCAUCUCAUCAUUCACCAAGGAUGCUGCUGUAUCAGUGUGUCGUUAGGCAAUGAAUCUACACAGUGGAGCGUGAAUUUAGGAAGUCACAGUCUAUAUUAGGGUAUUUACAGAGAGAAGUUGUCUUUAGAUAGACAAUGUUUGUUGCAAUGAGACACUGUAUACAUGUUUGUAAACUAUUUAUCCUUUUAUGGCUAUUUAUAUAUAAGCAGCCUCUUUUAGAGGCGACUUUCAUAUUAA